GCUUCAGCUCCGAGGGCUUUGCAGAGGCAGUGUGACCUUGUCGCAGGUGGCUUGUCCCUUCCAAGGUCCUGUCCUCUGCAGAGGCUACAGCAGUCCUGUGGCAUUAAACCUGUGGCAUUAAACCUGCCCCUUUGGGGCAAGCAGGGACAGGGCUGCACCGUGGAGGUGCAGAGUUGUUGGGGAACAGGCAGCAGGGUGGGUUUUGGGGGUGUGGGUGCAUCAAGAACCAUGAAUGAUGGCAGCGUGCCCACCACGGGAGCAGGGCCAGCAGCCCUCGCUGUGCCUGUGCGCCUGCGGGGCUGGGUGCCAGGGGCCUGGGCAGGCGGGAGCCGGUGUCAGGGCGGAAUCCAGGCCCGGGCAGCACAGGAUGCCAGGACAGCACAGGGUAUCGGGGAGGAGCGAGGCCCAGGCUGGGCAGAGUCCACCUGAGGUGCUGCAGCUGGAGGCAGAUUACUAUGGCAAAGAGCUGCAGAAGUCAGAGGACCUCAAAACCAAUGCGUGCACCACCUCAGCCAGGCCCCUUCCCAAGGCAGUGAGAGAUGCUCUGGAGCGUGUCCAUGAGGAGGUGGUGGCCAGGUACUACGGCUGUGGUCUGGUGAUCCCUGAGUGCCUGUCGUCGUGCUGGAUCCUGGACCUGGGCAGCGGCAGUGGCAGGGACUGCUACCCGCUGAGCCAGCUGGUUGGGGAGCAGGGCCACGUCACCGGGAUAGAUAUGACCGAGGGCCAAGUUGAGGUGGCAAAGAAGCACAUCGCCUACCACAUGGAUAAGUUUGGCUACCGGAAGCCAAACGUGGAGUUUGUCCAUGGUUACAUGGAGAAGCUGGGUGAUGCCGGGCUGGCUGAUGAGCGCUACGAUAUUGUCAUUUCCAACUGCGUGAUCAACCUUGCCCCUGACAAGACUGCUGUGCUGCGGGAGGCCUUCCGUGUGUUGAAGCCUGGGGGAGAGAUGUACUUCAGUGACAUUUACGCCAGCCAGCGCCUGAGCGAGACCGUCCGGAGGCACCGGGUGCUGUGGGGAGAAUGCCUGGCAGGAGCCCUGUACUGGAGAGACCUGUACAGCAUUGCUGAGGAGGUGGGGUUCAGCCCCCCAUGCCUGGUCACCGCCAGCCCCAUCACCAUUGGCAACAAGGAGCUGGAGGGCAUUGUCGGUGACUGCCGCUUUGUUUCUGCAACUUUCCGCCUGUUCAAGGUGCCGGGUGGCACCCAGGCUGGGCCAGGACAGGUCAUCUACAAAGGCAGGAUCAUGGGGCACGAGCGAGAGCUGGUGUUUGAUGCCAACUUCACCUUCAAGGAAGGAGAGGUGGUGGACGUGGAUGCUGAGAUGGCUGCAAUCUUGCAGAGCUCCAGGUUUGCAGAGGAGUUCCUGAUCCGAGCUGGCGGGGCCAAUGCCGCAGCACUGCAGGGCUGCUGUCGCAAGGGAGUGAAGGUGCCUCUUCCUUCCCACUGGCCUGAUCCUGCCCUGGGUUUUUCCCUGCCCUCCAGGAGAAGAUCCGUGAUCCCUUCCAGCUGCUGGAGCGGCUGACAGCCCCAGGUCCUGCCUGCUGUCCUGGUGGCACCUGUGGUCCCCCAGGGUGCUGCUGAGUGGCGAGUGGUGCCCCCACACCGUUGGAAGCCGGUGGGGUGAGAGGACUUGGCCCCAGUGACGUCUUCUACCUGAGAGCAAAUAAAUGUCUGAGCUCAAA